AUGGAAAAUUUCUGCGAGUGGGCAUUAGAAAAAGAGCAUAAUUGGAUGAUUUUCAUCGCACAUAAUUCAAAGGGGUACGAUGGGAUUAUGAUUCUGAAACGCUGUCACGAUCACAAUAUACUACCUGAAGUCAUCAUGAAUGGUUCAAAAGUCAUGCAACUAUACAUCCGUCGUGCAGAUAUCAAAUUCAUUGAUAGCUUGAAUUUCCUGCCCAUGGCUCUAUCUAAACUUUCUAAGACCUUUGGCAUCGACGAGUUACACAAGGGCUUUUUUCCCAACCUGAUUUCGAGAACCGCUGGAGACAAUUACAGAAGACCCGGGGCUCCUUAUUUUGACCCAGAUGGUAUGAAGGAGGCUGCUAAAAACUGCUCAAGUACUGUUGGAGUGGCGUGCGCAUACUUGAGGAAUGUUUAUGGCAUUUAG